CAUUACAAGAAGUGAAAAAGUACCUAACCUUAAUUAAAUUUCAAAAAAUAAUUAUUCAGUUUGUUUAUAUUUAAUUAAAAUAUAGGGAAACAAAUAUGAGGAUUACUGACAUCCUUUUUUCCAGAGUUGGAAAAUGGUCAAAACAAUUUUCAAAUCUACCAGACAGGUAUAUAAAAAGAGCAAUGGAGCAAGUUUAUUGGAGGAAUCCUAAAGGAAUUCAGUACAAACCACAUGCAAUAGUACAAAGAAAAAAGUAUAACUUUACAGUUCAUAGACCAUGGACUCUUCAAUUUAGACAAGAUAAUGCUUCAGGAACAAUGCAUAAGAAAGUUUGGGUAGAACCCAUAAAAGAAUGGAGCCAUUUUCGAGGAGACAGGGUUGAAAUUUUAGUAGGAAAAGAUAAAGGAAAGCAAGGAAUUAUAAAAGAAAUAAUACAAGAAAGAAAUUGGGUAAUAGUUGAAGGCCUGAAUUGUGAAUUAAAACAAAUUGGCGAUGACAAAGAAUUCCAAGGUGUAUGGGUAAAAUCAGAAAAACCACUACUGGUGACAUCUGAAAUAGUUUUAGUGGACCCUUCAGAUCUAACUCCAACCACCAUUGAAUGGAGAUACACAGACGAGGGAGAACGAGUAAGAGUUUCAACAAGAACUGGCCGUAUUAUACCAAUGCCUCCUUCUAUGGAAGAGACAUAUGAUUAUAAAUCAAAAGCCACAUAUAAAGAACAGCCGAAGGAUACAGUCGCUGAUGUUGCCAGUGAAAUUACAUUUAAGCCGGAAUUAAAGACAUUCGAAAUGGAUAUUAUGGAGAAAAUGGGUAUAAAAGAGGACAGAAUUCCACCAAAAUCGUAUUGGUAUUAAUUAAAUCAUUAAUUUAUAAAUAUAUAAAUAUGUUAACUUUUUUGUUUUAAUAAACGUAAUUUUUGCU